CUGCCAACUUUCCCUCCCUCCCCUGCCCCUGUUUUAUCGUAAACAUGUCCGUCUCAAAUCCCUCCAAAAACUCUGCAAAUCUCUGCAAUCCGGCUCGGCUAUUCUUCUUUCUUAUUAUUCUUCUUCAAAAUUUGUAUUCAGAGUUACCGAUUUAUAGGGUUUCUCUUCCAAUGCGGUUCGUAUAUAUGCACAAACUAUCCAUCAAAUAACCAGGAGGCGUAAAUUUUGGACCAAUGGCAAAUCGGAUGAAGGAAGGCGAUAGAAUUGAAAGGACUAUCCGCAGUCUUUUGAGGCUUCCUGAGAAUAAAAGAUGUAUCAAUUGCAACAGUUUGGGGCCACAAUAUGUUUGCACAACUUUCUUGACAUUUGUUUGCACGAAUUGCAGUGGAGUGCAUCGAGAAUUCACUCACCGAGUAAAAUCAGUAUCAAUGGCUAACUUCAGUGCAGAAGAAGUUAGUGCCCUUCAAGCGGGGGGAAAUGAGCGAGCAAGGCAAAUUUAUUUUAAAGCCUGGGAUAAUCAGCGUCAUCCUUACCCUGAUGCAAGCAAUGUUCAAAGACUCCGAGAGUUUAUUAAGCAUGUCUAUGUGGAUAAAAAAUAUACCGGAGUGAAGAGUUUGGACAAGCUCCCAAGACUGAGAUUGAAUGAAAAGGAUUCGUCUUAUGAAAGUAGGAAGGUUAGUGCAUAUCGUGAUGGAUCUAGAAGCUCAGGUUAUGAGGACAGAUACACAUGGCAUUAUAGAGAAAGAUCUAGUCCUGGUCGAAGAAGUGAGGAUGGAAAUUCCAAAUAUCCUUAUGAUGACAGGAUAAACCCUCGAUAUGCCCAAGAAAAUUCAACAUAUGGAGGUCUUAGGAGAAGUCCUUCCAGCUUUGUGGUUGUGGAUGACAGGUUUCGAGAUGGUGAGUAUGGAAGCCGUAGGGCCUCAAAAACAGAAUCUAAGAUGGGAAGCAAGCCACCUAACUUUGAAAAGAACACGGAUAGGUCCCAUUCUCCGGUGGUACACAGUGCUAGAGUUAGUUUGGGAGACACUGUUUCUCCUCUACAGGUUGGUGAGCUUUCUAUGGCAAUUGAUGGGAAGGAUGCUGAUGGUUCUGCCAAUACUCAGAAAAUUGCUUCUUCCAGUGACCUAUGUUCCACUGAUAGGAGUCCAGCAGAACAUAAACAGAGAAGCUCAGGAAGCUUGAUUGAUUGGAGCCCUGAUCCUAAUCCUCUUGAUGCUGAAACCAUAUCCCAGACACAUCAGAUGCCUCCCUCGGAUAGUGGUGGCAACUGGGCCUCAUAUCAGCAUCCUGAAAAGAGGGCAUUUCAAACUCCAACAAACACCUUGGAAUCCUUAUUAUUCGAAUUGUCAGCACCCUCAGUUGUACCUGCUAGUGACACGUCUGAAGGGCCUAGCAAUGAUGAUUCACUGUCAGCUGCAGCCAGAGGCACCAUCCCUGCAGGUGUACAGCUGAUGUCAGCAUUACCCAUUAGUGUCAGCUCUUUUACAACUGCAUCAACUAGUCACUGUAAGCCAGCAGAACCUUUUAAUGGGGGUCCUCCACAAGUUGCACCUAGUGGCAAUUGUGACUCUACUAAAAUACCUGAGGAACAGAAACUAUCCAACAUGCAGCAAUGUCAUCAUACUGCAUCCCCUACGGCAGAUGGUAACCCUAUCAGGCAACAGACUAACCCACCCGUUGGACCUCCGAAUAAUCAGCUAUGGAUUUCCUCAAUUCCACCUAAUGAACAUGGCCCUUUGAGCGUCCCUGCAGAACAAUCUUCUCAAGCUGAUUCAAAAUCAGCUCAAGACAUCAGUCCUGGAGUUGGAUCUGAACCUCUUUCAGUGGAAACUAAUGGAAGAAAAGAACUUCCUGCUGACCUUUUUACUGCAAGCUAUACAACAGUCACUGCACCAGUCGCAGGUUGGCAAAAUGGUUCCCCUUAUGGCAUGGGAUUCAGUAUGCAGUAUUAUUCUAAUGCAACGCCCAUUCCAGCAUUUCCCAACCCUGCAAGAUCAACAAACCCAUUUGACCUUGAUAGCGAAAGAUCUCAAGUGAAGGCACCACCAUUUCCUUCCAUGGCAUCCGUGCAAGGUGCACUGCCAAAUGUGACACCUGCUAGUGGCUUAUUGUAUACUCCCAGCCUUGGUAUCCAGUCUUCGGGUUUGAUGGCACCUCAAUCACCAUCUUAUGCAUCUGCAAUGCCACCACAUUCACCUUCUUUUGUAUCAGCCAUGCCUCCAGUCUCAGGUGCGUACAUGGGGAUGCAAAAACAUGAUAAUACACCACGUUCCAGAUCACAAGGACUCGGUACGUUUGGCUGUGAUGAUGUGUUCGGGUCCUUAAACACGAUUCAACAAUUGACUGGAAAAUACUCAGCACCAAGCACCUCAAAUCAUUUCUCUUCAAUUGGAGGAAACCCUUUUGGAUAAAUAAGAGAACCAAUUCUUAUGUGCCAUUUUCUGUCAUUUACUUUAGGCCCCUAAAAUCUUCAGGGUGACGACUAGUUUCCUGCUGACUUGGGGUUGCCAUCCUUAUCCGAUUGCUUUGUGUUCACAGCUAUGGAAAUAUAACAGUUCCUGUAUGCUGUCACCAUGUAUGAUACUGGACUGUAGAACUUGAAGUGCUUGAAGGACUGUAUCCCUUUUUCUUCCUUUGGCCCCCUUCAAGGCAUGAUGGGAACUUCAAAUUAGAUUGUGAUGGACUAAGAUUGAAUCUGGCAUGAGGAACAAUCCAGGGGAAGAGCAAUAACUCCAAAA